GGGCCGGAUUCUGAACGAGAAGUGACAAUCUCCGAAACGAAGAAACUAAUUAACUUUCAACACCCGAAGGAGGACACUCGCACAGCUUCACCUCUCUCCCAAGAAUGGCAGCCAAUUUCUGGACUUCUUCUCACUACAAGCAGCUUUUGGACCCGGAAGAGGUAGAUGUGCUGCAGCCGCUGGACAAAGACAAGGGCGUAACUCUUGAAGAUUUCAAGCUUAUUAAGAUGCAUAUGGCCAAUUACAUAUGCAAAUUGGCUCAUCAUGUUAAAGUUAGGCAAAGGGUUGUGGCCACUGCAGUUACAUACAUGAGACGUGUAUAUACCAGAAAGAGUAUGUCAGAAUAUGAUCCGCGACUAGUAGCUCCAACCUGCUUGUACUUGGCAGCAAAAGCUGAAGAAAGCACUGUUCAGGCCAGACUUCUUGUUUUUUACAUAAAAAAAUUCUAUGCUGAUGAAAAGUACAGGUAUGAAAUCAAAGACAUACUGGAGAUGGAAAUGAAGAUUUUGGAAGCUCUUAACUAUUACCUGGUUGUCUUCCAUCCUUAUCGUUCAUUGUCUCAGUUGUUGCAGGAUGCUGGCAUUAAUGACAUCAAUAUGAUUCAAUUUUCUUGGGGACUUGUAAAUGACACCUGCAAGAUGGACCUAAUUCUUAUACACCCUCCACAUCUAAUUGCUUUAGCUUGCAUAUACAUUGCUAGUGUGCAUAAAGACAAGGAUAUAACAGCAUGGUUUGAGGAGCUUCGUGUUGAUAUGAAUGUGGUGAAAAAUAUUUCAAUGGAGAUACUAGAUUUCUAUGAAGGCCAGAGACUGAUCACAGAUGAUAGAUUUAACACUGCCUUCAGCAAACUAGCAUUGAAGCCCUAAAUACUUUGGUCACUUGGAAAUAAUCCUGUCCUACAUUUAAUCCAAUAUAAACAAGGCAUGGGAUCGAUCCAAGAGAAAUCUUCAACCAGAGUAAACCUGCUUGCUCUUUUGAAAGAAAUUUGUUAGGAUGGCUGUGUGGAGGCAGUAGACAUCUUUUGCAGGAUUGCUAAGGUUCAAGUACUGUACUCGUCCGUUUACACCCAUGUUUAAGCAUAAGAAUUAUGGCAUUGUUUUCACUGAGAGAUUGAAAACUGAUAGCUAGUGUAGCAAGCUCGCAUCGAUGGAGCUCGCUAGCUCUGACUAGUUUUCGGAGAGUCAGAUGAUAACAUUGUAAACUUAUAAUUCUAGACUUGAAGAUAACAUAUUUAUCAUA